AUGGGGAAAGAAGAUGAUUUUAAUGCAUCAAUUGCUCAUGUGGUAUUGUGCUGCGUUGCUGGUCGUGGAGUGAGUACUCUGCGGUCAAACAACUUUACGCCACCUGGAAUGCACGCAAAUCUUUUUUUACAUGGAGUGAUUGGAUUCCUACAUUAUCAAAGUGGUACAUUUAACAAUGACUUUGGGCCUGCCUAUAAAAUAAGUUACAAGGCGUCACGAUAUUUACCUUUACCAUGUCUAAUGGCCGAUUUGUAUCGCGGUAACAAAAACCUGAGUAUGCUGCAUCUGGCAUCUGGAGUUAUUCCUUUCGCUCUCGCUUUAGCAGGCAAAGAUGACAGAGAUUUGGGAAAUUUAAUGAUAGCUGGCAACAUCAUUUCGUUAUGUCAUUAUUCACUCGAGCACAAAAACGAUUGGGGAUGGUGUACGGCCGGAGCGGCGGUCUUUGCCUAUUUCUUAACUGCACAAAUGGGUCCGAAGGUCAUGUAUCCACUAGGAUUGGCUCUAAUGGAGUAUUGUGCGUAUAGAAUUUUUUUCGUUCAACGUGAUAACCCGCCGCCGCCGCCUCGGAGUUAG